AAGUUGCAGAUGCGGCCGCAGUUGAGCAUCAAAGCGAGCUUCGUGGCAGGGCUUCAUUUGCUGCGCUCGCCUUCUCACUUUGUUAGCCAUUUCUCAACCAAGCACACCAUGUUCUAUCGCCUGCAUUUCUCAGAUCGGACGGCUGAUUCUUGCAACGAUAACCCAACUUCUCUAUCGUCCCGUCCGAUCUCUACCAUGGCGGCUCUGGCCGCCCCGAUCUUGCAAUAUGUCGUGCAUGAAACGUUCGUUGUCAGACAGCCGGGAGUUUCCACACACGAGGUGUGCUUGGAAGCGGCCCUUCCAACUACAUCUCAUGACUGUAGGAUGAUAGUCAUAAUCUAUGGAGCGAUUACUCCUACCAAGAGUCGGACAAUACUGUUGUAUGGCCACGUGGUACUACCGAUGAGGUUGUACAAAGGACCUCCUCAAGGCAGGCAAGAUGAAUAACAGGUCAAACAUCGAGGUGAAGCUAACAAUCAUGCGAUUCUUUCUGGGUCAACUGGCGAUUUGCAAAAGUCGGCGCCCUGAAAAAGCCCUGAUCCCCAGUGAAAGAGACAUUACGACCACAUCUCGUCGAUACUCCAGUCAGAUUUACAUCUCACACAGUUUAGUGCUGAAGUCUACCGUGAGCUGUAUGUGCCCAUCUGCUUGCUGCCUCGAGCAGUUCUGAAACUGGGUACGGUAGUUGGUACGACCUUAUGACAUGAUGAGAAUGUGGGGAUGAUGAUCGUCGGAGAUAGGACCUCGAUUUCUGCCUCUCAGCCGUGGCUGCUUGUUCUUGACAAGCUUCAACUGAGAAGCCCCAUUGACUUGAUAAUAGAAAACACCAGCGUCCGGUACGUCUAACAGAAAGAUCCCAAGACUAUUCAGGCCAAUCUACCCGUCGGUUGCUCGAUCGUGGUAACUGGUCACGCGAUACGUUCAAGUGUCCAUAGCUCUCCCCGCCGACCCAUAGGACCCCGCCAGGAUAUCAUGGUUGGGAAUGUCCUCAUUCGUGGUAGAGCUUCGUUCUCCAUGCAAGCUUGCAUAGCUUCACAACCACUGUCGUCACUCUCGCAAUUCUCGGAGGUCCCUACCAUGGACCCGGAGCCCUGUUCGAAAGUACAAAGGUACUCGGGCUCUCCCGGCCCAGGUAUAGACUUUCUAGUACCAGGCCUGUUUCCCAGGGUCUGAGCGACGGUUCCUUCAAAAUGUACUCCCACCUGAGUCUUUUGACUUUGCUGCCUGCCCUGGUAAGCUCAACGCCCGUUCCAAGACAGCGUAGACUGGUGAGCGCUUCCUCCGAACCUCUCACCGAUCUCCACGUCGUGCAACAAUAUUGGGGUCAGAUCACUCCAUAUGCAGAUAACGCAGAGAACUUUUUCGGAGUGAACGACACUGGUUUGCCAGAUGGAUGUCAGGUCGAGCAGGUCCACCUUCUACAGCGCCAUGGAGCCCGUUUUCCCACAAGCGGCUUCGAUGACGGGGCCAACAAUGAGAACUUUGCGGAAAAGGUUUUCAACUGGACCCAGGCCAACUCAUCUGACCAAUUCACCGGGCCUCUCAGCUUCUUGAACUCGUACCAAUACCAGAUGGGUGAAAGCUAUCUGGUGGGGACUGGCGCCUCGCAACUGUUCCAGUCAGGAGUCACCUUCUGGCAGCGAUAUGGCCGGACAUUGUUCAAUGCAUCAGUUGGACAGUUGGCUUACAAUGCUAGCUUUCCGAACGGAACAGCCAGACCAAAGCCUGUGUUGAGAACGACCUCGCAAUCACGCAUCGAGAAUACGGAGAUAAAUUGGGCCUUGGGAUUUUUUGGUCCCUCGUACCAGGAGGAACCGGACUUCAAGCUGACCAACGCCACCAGCGCUUUUGACUUGGUCAUCAUCCCUGAAGGCGGAACAGAGAACAACACACUGGCGUCGUACGAUAGCUGCACCAACGAAGGAGUGGAUGAGAUUGGUUACAUCGGCGAUUAUGACUUGUUGUCAUACUUGCCGAAAUACCUGAAUGAUGCCCGCGAUCGGCUGGCAGACUAUGUGCCAGCAGGCUUCAAUCUGACCAUCAACGACACCUAUGCCAUGCAGAGCAUCUGUGCCUAUGAGACAAACUAUCUCGGGCAAUCCGACUUCUGCACUCUUUUCACGGAGAAUGAAUGGGCUGGCUUUGAGUUAACCCUCGAUCAGGAGUACUACUAUGACUACGCCUGGGGCAAUCCGACAGGCCGUGCGCAAGGAAUCGGAUAUCUUCAAGAACUCUUAGCUCGACUGACCCACCAGUAUAUCACCUCCUCCAACUCAAGCGUCAACAGCAGCAUUACCAACAAUACUCACGAUUUUCCGCUGGACCAGAAAUUCUAUGCCGACUUCUCGCACGACGACAUCCUCAUCUCUGUUCUGACAGCCGCCUCGGUGGAUUACUUCCGCGAUCCACCUUCGCUCACCGACUAUCCACCGGAUCCUAACCGUCACUUUAUCUUAUCGCAUCUCACGCCGUUCGCAGCUCGUUUGGUGACAGAAGUGGUCGGGUGUGGCAGUGCGGACCCUGCUCCACAGUCAGCUCGUACACAAUACUAUCCGACGCAAUACGGUUAUGAUUCGAACAACGCGACGCACAAAUUUGUUCGCAUGCGACUGAACAACGGGAUCUUGCCGUUGUCGACUAUCCGAGGUGGCUAUUGUGGGAACAGAACCGACGGGCUGUGUCCGCUCAACUCGUUCAUCAAGAGUCAGUCGGGAGCGUACGAUCUCAGCAACUAUCAAUAUGCCUGCUUCGGAAACUACACGAUCGACUACCCUAACAAUGGCACUGACUAUGACGGGACAAUCUUUAGCGGAAGCGACACAUCGUCGUGAGCGAUGAGAAGCGACAGAAGAUGUAAGCGAAAAGGGAAAGGAGCUAUGGCAACUUGACGAGCGACAAGGGUGUCAUGCGACCUAAUACAUGGUAAUAGCACCGAUAAUCUGAGAUAUAUACAGACAACAGACCACGUCCAAUACAUUCUUUUGUACUGAGUGA